ACUAUAUUACGAUUACGUUGUCUGUCUGUCUGUCUGUCCUUCACGCAGUAAAUAGAAACUGCACGAGCUUCUCCAUUCGUUCCGAAUUUUCUCAGCACCGAGCUGCUUCGUCCAACAUCGAGGUACACAUUUACCCCACUGCCCGGGACGGAGACUGAAUUGCAGCAAUGGACGCAUCGUCAACCAAGAGACGCGUGCUGGGUGCUCUCGACGUCAACGCCCAGUCACCUGUCACAAACCGGCCAGCUUCUCCGUUGUCCGCAAAAGUCCAUGUUGCCGCCGCGUCGCGACUUCUCGGCCACGACACGGCUCGCAACAAGAGGAGCAUAGACGAGACCGAGACCUACGCGCCGCAACAGGCCCCACAGCCUAAAAAGACGUGUAUAGCAUCAACAUCAACGCGGCCACACCAUGACGCUCAGAAGCAGAGAACAACUUCCAACUCACCCGAACCGUCGUCCAUCUUUGACAUGUCGGCCCUCGACACGUCGCAAGCAACCGCCAUAACGGAACCCGACGAGUCUCCACUUCCGGCCCCGCGACUCCCGCGCCAUCAGCCGCUUACACGCGAGGAAGCCCGGCAAAAGGCAGAUAUCCUACGGUUGCGUCUCGGGCUGGCCAGCUACAAGCUGCGGACAGGACAGGAAGACGUGCCACUGGAGCGGCUACAAAGACGACCACUACCUGCUUCUUCUGAUGUCUCGGCACCUCGGAUAUUGCCUGUGCGCUUAAAUCUUGUUGAAGGCGCCCCCAGCAAGGAAGCAAGUGAGCCACAGCCAAGAUUGGGCCAGAGGAAAGCGUUGCCCUCCGGACGACCGCAAUACACGACGGGCUCGGGCAUGCACGGUCAUCCGUCACCUGAGAAACAUCUUUUGCCUAAACUCUCGACGGCAUCGUCCCUGAGCACGCCGACGCGGGUGAGGUUGAAUAACGACGAGGGUCUUACGAGCAGUGCCAUCAGGGGGGGUGCGGCCAAAGGACUCCUGAGUCUGUCGCGUGGGUGAAGGCGAAGCUGAAGGAAAAGGAGGCAUCACGGCGUUCUGGCUUGGCUGUACCUU